CAGUGCCUCGGACCGCCACAGUACUUCGGUCCGCUACAGUGCCCGGUUCUCCCGAUCGGCACUCGCUCGCUUCACUAUUUCGUUCUAGCUCGGCAAGAAGCAGAGGAACAGCGAAACCCUAGAUCCCGCCGCCGCCGCCGCCGCCAACAAACUCGCAAGACCUGAUGGCGCUGCGUUCUCUGCUGACGAAGGUGCCGGCCCUUGGUCUCAGGUCUCGGGGGCCCGUCCACGCGCUCUCGCCGCCGCCGGCUGCUCGGCUUUUGUCCAGUGGUGGUCCGGGGGGACAAAUCAUUUCUGAAGGAAGUCCUACUACCAUAUAUUCUGAAGAAGUAAAAGCCCUGGAAACAGACUGCGAAAGGCUCCAGGAGAAGAUACACAGGGACAUGGAUAGUUUUUCUGAACUUCUGAGGUCUGAUGCUGAAUAUUAUCGAAGGCUUACCAAGCAACUUAAAAUGGUGGACACUGCAUGUGGUGCUGCUAUAGUCCUGGGUGUGUCGGCAGCAGUUUUUAUGACGGUUAUUUGAUUUCUAGGGUGGUGGAUAUUUUACUAUGAGUAAAUUUUAAGCUAUAAUGGUUGGAUAUGUGCCUGAUUUCAGAUAUUAAGCUAUAAGGUACUUAUGUAUUAAGUGACCAGCAGUUAUGGUGUACCUUCGUUUCGAAGGAGUAAUCGUAAUGUUUGAAGGUGUA